UCGCGAGAUAAGUGUGAUCUGAACUGUGAAAUGUUUACUUUUCUACCAUAAAUCCCCUAGGCCAGUUCCUGUCUUUAGAAAUAUCUGUAGUUAGUAAACCACCAGGUAACACCAGCAAACGAAUGAGAGGCGUGAGUCCCGGUUUCGAGUUGAAAUGAAAGCUGUAAUUCUCGCCGCCGGGUACGGGACCAGGCUCCAGAGGGAUGUGCUGGCGGACGGCAGCGGGAGGUUCGCUCACCUGGCCGGGACUGCCAAGCCGCUGCUGCCGGUGGGACGGUGCGCGCUCAUCUCCCACUGGGCCAAAGCCCUGAGCGCCUCCGGCUGCGCGGACUGCAUCUAUGUAGUAACUAACGCCGUCUACCACGCCGCAUUUGAAGAGUGGGCGUCACACUUCCCUAAUGUCAAGAUCCUCAGCGAUCAGACGACAAGCAACGAUGGGCGUCUUGGUGCUGUGGCCUGUCUGCAACUUGCGGUGAAGCACUUCAACAUAGAAGACCAUGUCUUAGUAAUUGGGGGAGACACCCUCUUCAAAGAAGAUUUCAGCCUCAGUGAAGUCAAACAGAAGUUUUCUGACCUCCAAGCAAAGUGUGACGACAGCUGUCUGGUGCUCUCAUACCAGUGCAAAGAGGAGGAAACUCAUAAAUACGGGAUACUGGAAGCAGACAGCGAUCUCCGCGUCCUCCGUAUGAAGGAGAAACCUCUUCCUUCUGAGACAAAGUCGAGGAGAGCGUGUCCCUGUUUCUAUGCGUUUUCAAAGAAAAGCCUUCCUCUGUUGGAUACCUUCCUUGAGGAAAAGAAGGAGGCACCUAUUGAUGAGAAAGACGCCCCAGGAAUCUUUGUGUCUUGGCUGAUUCCAAGGAAGCCAGUAUACAUUCAUCAGAUUUCAGGGCGUUUCGAUGUUGGGAACUUGCCUUCCUAUGUUGAAUGUGACCUUUACUUCAAAGAAAAACUUCAAGAUGUGGAGUCGUACAUGGUGUAGAGGAAACACAAAU